UAUUAGCUUUAUAGCUACACGUGACAGUUAGCUUUGGAGCUACAUGUGACUAUUAGCUUAAGAGCUACACAUGCCUGUUAGCUUUAGAACUACACAUGACUGUUAGCUUUGGAGCUACAUGUGUCUAUUAGCUUGGAGCUACACAUGCCUGUUAUCUUUACAGCUACAUGUGAUACAGACAGACAGAUGAGUAACUAUCAUUGGCAGAGCUACCACAGCACCAUCUAGUGGCGGCUGUCAAAGAUGUACUCUGUUUUUUUGUGAUAAUAUAUAUGAGCGAUAUUAUAUUUGUUAUAGUUAGAGAUGUUAUAAAGUUUUGUGUUGUGUUCUAAGUUAGAAUGAGAAGUUUAUCUCACAACUCGGAAACAACCGUUUCCUGAAAAUAGUAAGAAAACAUUUCAAACAUCAUACUGUUAUUAUUUUAGUCUAGGAUCUCUCACAGAAAACAGCAUCUUAUUUUGGAAAUAACCGGAAAUGAGUUUCUCUGCCGGGUGAAGAGUAGUGUGUGGGCUCAAGAUGGCGGCGCCGGAUGAGUUGUUUUGUUGGGAAGGAGACUGGGGUCUGCCGUCCGUCAGCUCCGACUGUCUGGUGGUUCUGGCCUACGCUCAGUUCGCAGGAGCUCCCCUCAAACUUAAGAAGAUGUCUAACCCCUGGCGGAGUCCCGGCGGUUCACUUCCUGCUCUGAGGACCAAUCAAAAAGAAAGUCUGUCCAGACCCUCUGAAAUCAUCAUACACCUGAGGAAACAGAAAUUUAACGCAGACUUCGAUCUGUCGGCGAAGGAAGGUGCUGACAGUCUGGCCUUCAUCUCUCUGAUGGAGGAGAAGCUGACGCCUGCUCUGAUUUACACGUUCUGGGUCGAACCAAAGAACUAUGUGGAUGUGACUCGCCGCUGGUACGCAGAGCACCUGCCUUUCCCUCUGAACUUCUUCCUGCCCGGACGGAUGCAGCGGCAGCAGGUGGAGAAACUGCGACUGCUGCGAGGAGAAGAGAUCCUGGAGGCCGGAGAGGAGCUGGAGAAGGAGUUGUACCGUGAUGCUACCGAAUGUAUGAACCUGCUGUCCCAACGACUCGGCUCUCACAAGUUCUUCUUCGGAGACUCGCCGUCGUCUCUGGACGCCUACGUGUUCGGUCACCUGGCGCCGGUCCUGAAGUCCAAACUGCCCAAUGGGAAACUGCAGCAGCAUCUGAAGUCACUGGACAACCUGAGCAGCUUUUGCAUCAACAUCCUGCUGCUCUACUUUCCCCGAGAUGACCGAGAGAGCUCCAAUCAGAAGAUGGCGUCUCAGCCCGAAGGUGGAGACUUCGACCACGUCCCCAACAAGCGGAGGAAGCAGUUCCUGUCGGCUCUGGCGGCUCUGGGCGCCAUGCUGAGCUACGCCCUCCUGACCGGCAUGGUGUCCAUCCAACAUGUCCAGCAGGAGGCGCUGGAGGAGCCGCCGGACCUGCAGACCAUCGGGUCCCAAGACCGCGAGGAGGAAGGAGACGGGUGAUGAAGGACGGAGGUUGAGAUCAAGAUGUUUGACAGGAGACAGAUUCUCAUCCUGGACUAAUGUAAAUUAAUUAACGAUGAUUCUUGAAGAAACAGUCACUUUGGUCAUUUUCUCUUUUUAACUGUUACAUUUUUUUAUUUGAUCCAAAACGCGAUCGACUUUUGGUUUAGAUAAAAACCUUUUUUUUUGAUCCCAUCAACGAUGAAAAUCACAGUUCUUCUCAUUUUCUUCCUUUAACAGAAUAAAAAUAUGAAACAAUAAA